ACUAGCCAUUAUUUAACUGUGAGCCCAUUAUAUUUUUUGUUCAGCAGGUCAUAAGCUACAACAUAUGUGAAAACUAGCCAAUUUAACCGAGAUCCAAUUUCCUAUAUGAUUAGUGCGGGGUUCUUUUAUACUUAUAUUCAGACGGCAACGCAUCCGGGCGUACAUGCAUACUCUUUUUCAUUUCUCAUGUACUUUACUGAUAUACGGGAUACCCUAGUCCGCGUAUGUCGCGCAUGCGCGAAGAAUCCGGCCCGACUUGUGUCAGGACUGUCAAGUGUCAGGUCGAGCCAUUUAACUCCGCAGCGCAGCGCUCGAGCAGUCUCGGAGUGACUCGGAGUCAAAAGCUUCCGAGCCGAGAUGAAGAGGACCACGGAGAUUAGCGUGACAAAAUUUAAGGAUUUUGAGUACUUCAACAGAUCCGCGUGUCAAUAACAAUAAAUAUGCGCGUGAAAGUCACGGUGUGCUUUGGCGUGACGUCGACGAAAGCCGACGCUCUGACACGGAAAUCGAAAUCGACGAGCUAAAACGAGUCCACGAAUGAUGCAGUCACAGAUACCACUGGACACUCCGUUCGAUGACAGGACCAUCUUGUCCUGGUCGAGGAGGGAGAGGCAGAAGUGGUUCCUGUCGCUACUGUGCGGCACGUGCCUGAUAUACGCCACACGUACAUCAGUUCCCCUGUUGAUACCCAUCGUCAGUCAGGAAAAGAAUUGGUCGAAGUCGGACUCAGGGAUAAUACUGUCAAGCUUCUUCUGGGGAUAUAUGUUGACGCAGGUAGCCAGCGGCUAUAUUAGCGACAAAAUUGGCGGACAGAGAGUACUGUGGAUAUCCGCCCUCGGCUGCUCGGCGACGACCUUCCUUAUGCCGGAGAUCAUAGAAUUCUUUUCGGGGGACGGAACCUCCGUCUGGCUCGUCGCGGCGAUGAGAAUGAUAAACGGAGCAUUCCAAGGAAUGCAUUUUCCUAGCAUGAUUAGCUUGAUCAGCCAACGCUUGCACGAGGCAGAACGAGCCUCCUUCUUUAGCUUAUUAACGUCGGGGUCUGCUCUGGGCACCCUACUCACCGGGUCGUUAGGCUCGUACCUUCUGGAGAAUUAUAACUGGAUGACCGUCUUUCGGACGUUAGGGGGCAUGAGUUUAGCAUGGACAGCUUUGUUAAGCUAUCAUAUCCUGCCUUUUAAGGAAAAAACAACCUCUACCAAGUCGACCACUUUGCCUUGGUCCAAACUGCUGUCACAGCCUCCUUUCUGGUCUUGUGUUAUUGGACACGCUUGCCAAAAUAACUGUUUCUUCGUGUUACUUUCGUGGAUGCCUACAUACUUCCAUGACACAUUUCCUGAAAUUAGGGGUUGGGUUGUAAAUAUGGUGCCAUGGCUGUCAAUGCUACCUUGUACAUUCUUGGGGAAAGCUCUAUCAGAAGAGAUAAUUAAAGCCGGCUAUUCCGUGACUGUAACACGCAAAACAAUUCAAACGAUUUGUUUUGUUAUCGAAAUUGGAAGUCUGUUAUUCUUGGCGAAAGUGGAAAGCCUUCAGAGCGCGAUAUUUUGUCUCGCGUUAAUUAUCGGUGGCUCGGGAUUCCACAAUAACGCUAUUGCUGUAAAUCCCUCGGAUCUUGCACCGAAGCACUCCGGCAGCGUGUUCGGCCUGAUGAACACCGUUGGCGCGAUACCUGGUUUCCUCGGCGUAUAUUUUUCCGGACAUAUUUUAGACGUGACACACAGCUGGCCUGUUGUCUUCUUAUUUAUAGCUGUUAUCGACGCAUUAGGAUGCAUAAUGUAUUUAUUGUUUGGCUCGGGCCGAGCGAUUAUAUAAAUAAAUUUCUACUGAAUA